AACUAUUGGGAUCGAUACGACCAGAACCACGGAUGAAGAUGGCACUAUGAGUGCUUACCUGUACAUCUCGGGCAAAAAAAGGGCAAGUCCUGGCAGAGGCCGAUCGUGGCGAUGGGCUCCACGCCUUCGUGCUGGCCAGGCUGGCACUGGCGGUGGCGGGCUUCCUCCGUCCAGGCUUCACCUCGUGGGCUCCCUGACGGUUGUUUCUGCAACAGACUCAGGGACAAGAAAUCUGCCUCCUCCGCUUGAGGAGCCACCCAGCUCCACCGCCAGAGAGCGUGUUAUUUGCUAGAGCACAGAAAGGACAGAGGGGGGGAUACGCCAUCGGCUGCUCCACCGUCUCCUGAUUCUGCAAGACUAAUCCUUAGUCUGGGUAAGGUGCGGGUACCUUAAUGGUUGACCAGCGGAGGAGAAACACAAGAAAUUCACUGGAGAGACUGAAAUCGAGCUGUGUCAACCCAUCCACGCUUCUCCUGACUCUCCUCCCGCCUCUCCUCGUGUUCCGUCUUGCUCUCUUCUUCAUCAAUCCUUCCCUUGGUUUUUCUUCCGCAUUCACUGCUCCCACUCUCGUUCCCCUUCCCGUCCCUCCCGACACUCCGAGGACGCAAUGAACAACUGUCGCUGCUGAUUGAUUGAUCUGUCACACAGGGUAUGUGAAAAAGAAACUCAACUCCGCAUCUCACGCUUAUCCUGCAUCCCUUCUCUGCCUCCUUCAUUUCUUUUUUCCUCCUGCCAGGACGUUGAGCCCAAAAGUAAAAAACAAAAAGAAAACGAUAGGAAAAAAAAAAAAAG